AUGCCACGGGUGAGUUAAUAAUUAAUCUUUUUUCGUUGCGACGGAUUGCUCAUUAUUUUCCCGACAAAGCGAUAAAAAAGCAACAAAAAACUUUUUUUCAGUCAUCGCAAGAGGUUGCCCGAUUGGCACGAGAAGCGGCCAUGAGUUCGGCACCAUUGACUCCGCAUCUACUUCCUGGAAAACAAAUCACGCCCAUGAAAGCGAGAGGCUCCGCACCAGCGGCCAAGAAAAGAACUGUGAGUCAAUCUUUUAUUCAUUUUUAAAAAAAUAUUUAAAUUUUCAAAAUUUUUCGAAAAAAUUUUUUUUUGAAUUUUUCCUAAAAAAAUUGAAUUUUUCCAAAAAAAGUCGAAUUUUCCCAAUUUUUUUAAUUAAAAAAAUCGCAUUUUUCCAAUUUUUUCAAAUUUUUUCAAAAAAAUUUUUUUUUAAAUUUCUCCGAAAUUUCGAAUUUUUUCAAUUUUUUAAAUUACAAAAUCUCCUGAUUUCCCCUUAUUUUUUAGUCCACUUCCCUUCAACAGCCCCCAAACAAUGAUCGUGAACGCCCCGAAGCCGAGAUCACACGUGUUCGAACAGUUACGGCCCGCGGCGCGGAUUCCAAAACAGCGAUUCCACUCAAGGUUGGGCAGGAGAAAAUGAUGAAGUCGUCCGGAGAAAAUGAUGACGUCGUCGGGAGGCCAGGAUAUCGGCGUUCUUUCAAGCCGUUUGGAGAGGCCUCGGAAGCUCCAGAAAGCAAAAUUGAGGUGGGUAUUUUUGGAAGCAAAAUUUUGGGAAAAUUAUAGUGAAGUUUUAUGGCCAAGUUUGGCAAAAAAAAUUAUUUCCAAAUUUGAAACUUUUUUUGGUAAAAGUUCCGCAAAUUGGCCACCAUCCAAAAAGAAAAUCAUAACCGCGCUUAGGCUUAGGCUGGGUUAGGCUUGUUAAGGCUUACAGGGGAAGUACCCCAAGUGCGACGCUCAGAUUUUGAUGAAACUUGGCACAAAUUUAGAAUAAUUUUUUCUAAGAUAUAUGCGAGAAUCCUAGCUCGCGCUUUGCAGAAACAACCGAGAUUUUUCGAUCGAAAGUCGACCAAAAUUUUGGAUUUUUUGCCAAAUUUCGGCACCAAAAGUUUCAUGCGUAUUUCAACCGUAAAGGACUAUGUUUCUACAAAAAAUCAAAUUUUUCCGCCCGAAACUGCAAAAGUUAUGGCCAAAAAGCGCUUUUCUCUCGGACCGCUCUCCACGUUUAGCGUGCGCUCUCGGCGGCAAAAAUCGUUUGAUAUCUCGGCGGAACCCGCAAAGCGCAAGCUAGAACUUUUGAGAAUUGAUAUUUAGUCCAUACCCGAGGUGUGUGGAGAAUUUAAAGAAAAUCUGAGCGUCGCACUUGGAGUACUUCCCCUGUAAACUUUUUUAAAUUAUUUUUUUUUCAGCACAAGAAGUUGUCGACUCAACGGGAAUCGAACGAUCAUAGCAACAGCAAUGAGUCAAACUCCAAAAAAUCGGCAAAGUCGGUGAAGUCGGUGAAGUCCGGAAGAAAUGAAGAUUCUCAAAAAUCAGAAAAAGCAUUGUCAGAGAAAGCAGAAGACAAUGAACGAGGCGGAUCGAGGCGAAGUGUCAAGGAAAGGAAGAGCGAAUCGGAGCAAAAAAGCGAAUAA